GAUAGUUUGGUUAUUAGUGAAAAAGUUUGAUGUGAUAUGUAGGAUAUUGAGGAAGUGUUUACGUACGUACACCUGGGUAAAACUUUCGUCCGCUAAUCAAUCAAUCACAUUCAGGAGCCGGAGCUAAUGGCAAUGGCCUCCCCGACUCGAGUUCCCGUCCAAGACGACGGCGACUCCCCAGUAAUGCGGCUGCCGGAAGAACUAAUCACCAAUAUCCUCACAAGAUUGCCCGUCAAAUCCCUCCUCCGCUUAACCCGCGUUUCCAAAGCUUGGCGUUCCCUGAUCCGCAGCCCUGCUUUCGCUAGGGCCCACAUCCUUCUCACCGCCGGCGACGCCCGCCGCCUCUUCCUCGUCGCUUCGGACAGCGACGAAGGCACACACUCCUCGGUUCAUUCCCUGACCCGUGACGACGAUUCCUCCCUCAUCUCUCUCCACCCCCUCGAUUCCCCGCCCCCCUGUCCCUGUGGAUCUCCCACAAUCGUCGGCGCCUGUAACGGGAUCCUCUGUCUCACCCCCGGCGGAUGCAACCUCUUCCUGUGGAAUCCGGCCACGGGAACGUCCUGGGAGCUCCCCGCCCCGUUCGGAUCCGAUUGCUGCGUCCGAUUCGGAUUCGGGUACCACGAGAAAUCCCAGGACUACAAGGUCGUGAAGAUCUCAAGCUUUGAGUCUUCCGACGGAUCCGGGUACGGAAACAAUGUUCAGAUUUACAGUCUAAAGGCCAACUCCUGGACUUCGAUUUACAAUUACAACACCGGGUACACAACAGAAAAGUGGAUCCUCUCUUGGGGAUUCGAAGGCGGGUACAUCCACAACCACGGCGGCGUCUUCCUCAAGGGGGCUCUUCACUGGGAUGUUUGCCACCGCAAUUCUCCUCCCGAAAUUCUCGCCGUGGACCUGGACAAGGCGGACAAGUAUAGGACGAUACCAUUCCCGACCUGCGACAAUGAAAACGAGGAACUGGGUAUGAGACUGGAGGUUCUGUGGGGGCAUUUGGCUCUCUGUUUGUUCUCGCCCUCGGAGAAGACGGUGGAGGUUUGGGCGAUGAAGGAGUACGGGGACGCCGGCUCGUGGAUCAGAAUGGUCUGUGCGCAGUCUCCGGCCGAUCUCGAGGUCGAGGGCAAUGUCUCUGUUCUGUAUGCGUCCCAAGAUUGGAACGAGUUCUUGUUCAAUGUUGGAAACCAGCUGGUUUGUUACAACGUUAAUGGUGGUUCUCUCAAGAAACUGGAGGAGUAUGACUGGACUUCUUCUCUUCGUCUUCAAUCUGCAACUUACUCUGAGACCACGGCGUUGACCAAUAGGGUGUGUUUUUAUUUUCCAAUCUAGUAUCACUGUUCAUUGUCCAGUG